AUGGAGGAAGGAGCCAAGACCUCUAUCAUCUUGGGAAGACCAUUCUUAGCCACUGUCGGAGCCAUCAUUGAUGUCCAAAAGGGUGAACUUGUCCUUAGACUACAUGAGGAGAAAAUAAUAUUUAAUGUGUUCAAGGCCAUGAGUUACCCACAAGACUCAUUGGGAGAAUGUAUGAGGUUGGACUCGAUGGAUGCUGUGGUGCAAGAAACUCUUGAAGAAGAAGAACUUGAGGAGUUAACGGAAGAAGAGGAAUCAGCAUCACGCGAAGAGGCUGCAACAGCUGAAGUUCAUGUUCAAGGCACACUAGAGGGGAAGGAUGAAAGGAAAGAAGCGCCCAAACUUGAACUAAAGGCACUACCACCCACCUUCAAAUAUGCAUACUUAGGAAAGAAUGAAAGCUAUCUAGAGUCAAAACUAAGACUAAUCAGAUGGAUCUUAUUGUUGCAAGAAUUCAACAUUGAGAUUAGAGACAAAAAGGGUGUGGAGAACAAGGUAGCAGAUCAUCUAUCCAGAAUCCUUUGUGAGAAAGGAGCUACACAUGAUACAAGUGUAAAUGAGUUCUUCCCAGAUGAGCAGUUAAUGUUGGCAGCUGGUGACUUGCCUCCUGGAAUCAACAAACAUCAAAGAAGAAAACUCAUCAAUGAUGCUAAAUAUUUCAUUUGGGAUGAGCCUUAUCUCUUCAAAAAAUGCUCAGAUGGGAUCCUUAGGAGGUGCAUUUCAGAAGAAGAGGGACGAAAGGUCUUGUGGAAUUGUCAUAGUGCUAGCUAUGGAGGUCAUUUUGGAGGAGAAAAAACCACAGCAAAGGUACUGCAAUGUGGAUUCUUCUGGUCCACUAUCUUCAAGGAUGCCAAGGAACUGGGGAUCGACAUCAUGGGACCAUUCCCAACCUCAUAUUCGAACAAGUAUAUCUCGGUGGUAGUGAACUAUGUAUCUAAGUGGGUGGAGGCCGUGGUAACCCCAACAAAUGAUAACAAGGUGGUCAUAAACUUCCUUAGAAAGAAUAUCUUCACCAGCUUUGGAGUCCCACGAGCCCUCAUCAGUGACGGAAGGAGUCACUUUUGCAAUAGACCAUUGGAGACCCUACUCCUAAGGACAGCCUUCAAAACACCAAUUGGGAUGUCCCCAUAUCAAUUAAUGUAUGGAAAGGCCUGUCACUUACCAUUAGAGCUGGAGCACAAAGCCUUUUGGGCUCUCAAGAUACUAAACCUUGACAACACUGCUGCUGGUUAA